AUGUCCGAAUCGGAAGAAUUUGUAGUUCUCUCUAGAGGGAAUGGCGAGAGCGACUCUGAUACGUGCUCGGCUGCGGCGGAGUUGGAAGAGUUCGUGAUUCUCUCCCGAAGCGAUGGCGACAGCGGUUCAGAUGCGUGCUCGACUGCCACAGAAUCGGAAGAUUCUCAAGCUCAGCCGCAAUAUGAGUACAAGUCGCUUCCAGUAGGAGAAUAUAUUCGAUACCUCAUCCUCGAGCCAGGGAAAGACCACGAACCUCUAGGCGGUCGUCUCUUAACGGAGCGCCUCGACGACGUCCCAGCAUUCGAUGCGAUAUCCUACACAUGGGGUUCCCACGAAAAGAUCGGCUACAUCGACUGUGACGGCAAGGUAAUCCAUCUCACAGCAAACUUGAGGGAUGCCUUACUGCGGGUCAGACUUCCGACGUGCUCGAGGGUUCUCUGGGCCGACCAAAUCUGCAUCAACCAGGAAGAUCCAGUUGAACGAGGUCAUCAAGUUGCUCUGAUGAGCAAGAUCUAUGGGAAGUCGAGAACCACCCUGAUCUGGUUGGGUCCGGACGAUAGCCAUGCCGAGGAGCUGCUCUCCUUGAUUGAUGAAGUCUACACUAUUCUUAACGCGCAGAUAGCGGAGUACGGAUCAUUCCGGAAUCUGCCGGUCUUACAGUCUACUCAUCCCAUCGCGAAUGACCCGAGGUGGCAUUUCCUUGCGACAAUGACCAACUUUGCAUGGUUCCGUCGUGUUUGGGUUGUGCAGGAAGCAGGCCUGGCCGAAGAUCCCCUAAUUCUGUACGGAAAGUACGCCUUCGAUUGGGAAAUGACGAUGACAGUACUUCGAUGGCUCAACCAACAGGCAAAUGUCAUCCUCGAGCGCUUUCAUUUUCGGCCCAAUCCUAUGCAUAUGGAGCGACUGCGUAUUUGGCCGAAUGGAGACGUGGGUAAUCAGAAUAUGCAGUUCUACGGAGGAGUGAGACGGUGGCCAUUCCUUCAAGUCCUGCAUUUUUCCCGGCAACUGAGAGCCUCAGACCCAAGAGACCAUGUGUAUGCCUUCUUGGGUCAUCCGUCUGCUCAGCAUCCCAAAAGUGGCAUACCGAUCAUCACUCCUGACUACACAAGAACUGUAUCGCAAGUCAACUUGGACUUCGCGCUGCAGUACCUCGAGUGGACGGAGGACUUGAAUUUAUUAUCGUACGUGCAGCAUGGAGAUGAUACCAGCUUAGAGAGGUCAGUCCCGUCUUGGGUCCCGCAGUGGCACUCGGCCCUGGGCAACGUAUUAGGACACGAUGGCCAGGACGUCUAUGUUGCAGGAUUACAAAGCCGAGCAUCUCCUCGAUUCAUCGAAAACAUCAGGGGUCUUAGAGUUGGCGCAGUGAUAUUUGACAUCAUCCAAUAUCAGUCAAGGGCUUUUACCGUGCAGGACAUCCAUCCGCCAGCGCACGAUAGGCCAGAACAUCCUGAAGCUAGCGAUUUCAAUCCAAUGAGAGACAUCUGGGAGCACCUUUCAAGACCCGGUUCAAGCUGCGCCUACGCUGAUAACGGCCGACUUCGAGCACUUGUUCAUACACUUGUUGCUGGAUUCACCAUGGAUACUCCGUCACAGGCCAAAGCCAAUGCUGCUACAUAUCUUCUACGCGUUCUCCCACAUAUCGAAGCGAGCCCAUACUACAUCUUGUCCGCGUUCAAAGAUGGUGCUAAAAGUGGAAAGGCGGAAGUAUACGAGAACGAUGCUUAUUAUCAAGGCCGUAAUCGAAAAUUCAUCGUUACGCGAAACGGGUCCUACGGUCUUGCGCCGCUCGUCGCGAGAGAAGGAGAUAUCUGCUGCGUCGUCUUUGGGGUAAGAAUGCCAUUCAUACUCAGAAGUGCCACCGAACCGGGACACUACAAGUUGGUUGGAGAGGCCUACAUACAUGGCACGAUGCAUGGACAAGUGGUGAAGAGGUGCGAGGAUGGAGAGCUGCAGGAAGAGGAUAUCACCUUGGUCUGA